GUUGACUGUUGACCAAUCAGAAUAUCCAAAUCUUUCAGCGGGAGAAAUGUUUCGGAAGUUGCGUUUUCCGCUUUCGCUGUGGGGAAUGUAUGAGGUUUAAUUGAUCGAUAUUUAAGUAGUUCUACAAAAAAAAAGUUUUCUUGUGGGUGGUCCAGAGAAGUCUAUCUGUGGCAGUGGAAAGUGAAAUAAGUAAUGUGUCUGCUAAAAGCAGUCAAACUGCCCCGGCUCUGUCACGGGCUCUGGCUCGAGUUCUCAGCACCACUAAGAGCAAAGAAAACGAGGCUGGCACUAAAUCUGUCCAUGGAUAUAAAGACUUUACAGAAGAUGAAAAUGAAGGAGAUGGCAGCAGCCUUGAGUGGACUCAUGGAUCUCCUCAAACACCUCCUCCUCCUCCUGGAAGAUCAGCUUGUUUGCCCGGGACUGCAGGCGCAGGGACCGGCUGCGCUCAGGAUGGAGUGCGUUACUUCAGUGUGGUGUGGUGUAAGGCCAGCAAGAAGAAGCACAAGCGCUGGGAGGGCGAUGCGGUGCUGAUCACCAGAGGACGAGCAGUCACUCUCAAAGACAUGGAGGGGAAGGAUAUUGGAAAAGGGAGCGGCUACAAGGUGUCAGAGCUGGCCUCACUCUCUGAAGGAGAAACUCUUAUGGUUGGCGGCAAACAGGUGGAGGUGAUGGGGAUCAUUUCAUCAGAAGAUUACGCAAAAGGUCGCUGCUUUCAGGAAGUUCAAACGGAGCAGACGGAGUCGCACGCAGAGGCGGUAGCGCCUCCUUGCCACCGCCCCGCCUCCAAGCCUUUUACUCCUCCUACGAUGUUGGACCGAGCGGGGAAUCUGGGACCUAAAUCAGGGGGGGAACAAACCUACAGACCCCGCUAUGACCCAUUUGCUCCCAAUGCAUUAGUGAUGCCCCGCCCCUCUACGAACCACCAGUGGCUUCACAACAAAGCAGCCCUUCCUGUUGUCGAGGUGGUGAUUGAUCCCCACCUGACCCAAUACCUGCGACCCCAUCAGAGAGACGGCUUGCUCUUCCUCUACGAGUGUGUCAUGGGCCUGAGGGUUGCAAGUCGCUACGGUGCCAUUCUGGCUGAUGAGAUGGGCCUGGGAAAGACUCUUCAGAGUGUGGCGCUGUCAUGGACUUUGCUUAAACAGGGACCCUAUGGAGGGAAGCCGGUUGCUAAGCGCGUCCUCGUGGUUACGCCUGGAAGCCUGGUGCAGAACUGGAAAGCAGAGUUCAACAAGUGGCUGGGCCGUGAGAGAAUCGGCGUUUUCACUGUGGAUCAGGACCACAGAAUCGAGCAGUUUGUGUUAUCUCCUCUGCACAGCGUUCUUGUGAUCAGCUAUGAAAUGCUGCUGCGCUGCCUGGAGCAGGUACAGAAAGUGGAAUUUGGUCUCAUAAUAUGCGAUGAGGGUCACAGGCUAAAGAACAGCAGCAUCAAAACCUCCUCGGCGCUCACCAGCCUCAGUUGUGACCGCAGAGUCAUUCUCACAGGGACACCGGUCCAAAAUGAUCUGCAAGAGUUCUAUGCAAUCAUCGAGUUUGUAAAUCCAGGGGUUCUUGGGUCGCCGACUGCCUAUAGAAAAGUGUAUGAGGAACCGAUUCUACGCUCAAGACAGCCGUCGUGCACAGAGGAGGAGAGAGUUUUAGGAGAAGAGCGAGCCGCCGAACUCUCCCGUCUGACUGGCAUGUUCAUCCUAAGGAGGACCCAGGAAAUCAUAAACCGUUACUUACCCCCUCGCGUCGACUGGACGUUGUUCUGCGAGCCGUCAGCCCUGCAGCGGGAGCUGUACCAACAUCUCCUCUGCCACCGCGUCUUCAGAGCUUGUCUGCAGGGCUCCACACAGACCAGCACACACCUGGCUUGCAUUACUGCCCUGAAGAAGCUCUGCAACCACCCCGGCCUGCUCUACGCCACUGUGAAGGAAAGAACAGAGAGUGGAUCUUUGGAGAGCUCCCUAUAUGAAGGACUGGCAGAUCUUUUCCCAGAAUCAUAUUCUUUAACAGGGUUCAACACUGCCGACUCAGGAAAACUGCUGGUUCUCUCUGACCUGCUGGCUGCCAUCAGACAGCUCAGUCCUUCAGACAGGGUGGUUCUAGUGUCAAACUACACUCAGACUCUUGACUUGCUGCAGGACCUGUGCAAACACAUGGGCUACACCUUCUGUCGAUUAGAUGGUCAAACUCCAACGGGCCAGAGGCAGCGACUGGUUGACGGCUUUAACAGCUCCUAUUCUCAGAACUUCCUGUUUCUCCUGAGCUCUAAAGCCGGCGGGGUGGGGCUGAACCUGAUCGGAGCGUCUCACCUGGUGCUGUACGACAUCGACUGGAACCCUGCCAACGACAUCCAGGCCAUGGCUCGAGUGUGGAGAGAUGGACAGAAGAAAACUGUCCACAUUUAUCGACUUCUCACUGCAGGUACAAUUGAAGAGCGUAUAUAUCAGAGACAGGUGUCCAAGCAGGGCCUGUCGGGGACUGUGGUUGAUAUGGGAAAAGCAGCAGAACACACAAGUUUCUCCUCUAGUGAGCUGCGAGAUCUCUUCAGCCUGACGGAAACUCCCUGUCUGACUCACGACCUGUUGAACUGCGGCUGCAGCAUGGACGGCACAGUAAACGACGUGGUGGAAGAGGAGGAGGAGAAGGGCCACACUUCUGGUAGGCCCUGCCAGCUCGGUCGCCAAGGUGACCGUAAAGGGCCGACGCAGAAGCAUCUCAGCAUGUCCGAGCUCAUGCAGUGGAGACACUUCUCCGGGGAUGCACAGUCGUUCUCGGACCCCUACCUUGAUUACUCACGAAAGCACAUCACCUUCGCCUUCCAGACCACCAUCUCUCACCUGACCCAGUAAAUACUGCAACAUCAACAA